UUGGGAUUGUAGAUGACUGAUGUUCGAUUAGUGAGCAUGUUUUCCAUAUCUUGUCAAAAAGUGUUAGAAUUAUCAGUGUACAGUGCAUCUAAUAACGUCAAAUAUUCUUAAAAUCAUAAUUAUUGAUUCAUCUAUCAUGAAUGUGUUCUUAUAAUUUACGUUGUGUAACAGAUCUAGGAUUGCUAGAUUAGAAUUAUAUGAAGUGAUGAGGUAAACUGGAUCAGUAGGAGAUGGCUCGUCACGGCAGCGAAAGAUCCUUACAUUCCUCUCAAUCGAUGCAUCCAGGCUCCUCAGUCCGCUUAAACACGAACGAAUCACCCACAACGGAGUUAGCACCGUCAGAGCCAGUAACAUGUUCUGACAACAGCAGCACGAUCAAGGUCAAUGCCGAUAACAACGUGGUUUACACGACAGGAAGUGCACCGGUCACCGUUUCGUCACCCUCGAUAUCAUCCUCGAUAUCCUCUUCAUUGGAUUCCCGUAUUCCACGUCCCUCGCCUACAGGCCUGCGUCGGUCGGCUAGUAUGCGCAUGCGCGGUGAACGACUUUCACCGAAUAACCCACCAUCACUACCCAGUACCGCGGCCACCGCGGCUCUGAGUAGAUCUUAUCAUCAUUAUCGUCGUUUUAAUCUCCUGCACCAGCAGCAUCAUCAUCUGGACCAUCGCACUUUUCCAGUCAUCACGGAGAAUGGAACUGAAUCACCUCGACAACGAUCUCUCAGUCUUUCAUUGACGCCGGCGAGGCCGCGGCCUGGACACGCGGCCUCUGGAGGAUCAGGCACUGGAAUUGCCGACGAUAGCGAUGCAGAAAGCGUGAAAAGUUACGGAAGUGCCUGCAGUGCCGCAAGCGCCUGUGAUCAUGCUACGUUUGCUCUCAACGGUACCACAUGGUCUGGUAGAUCACGAAGAUACGUUGUUCAUUGUUCAAAUCAUACUGGUGACAAUGAACAAUAUCUUACACCUACCCAAAGAGCAGCUAGACAAGUUAGGAAAUUUCAGGCUUUAUUAAAGGAAGCGCGAAAGGAGAUUGAAGAGAAGGAUCAGGAAAUAUUUCGAUUAACGAAGGAAGUAGUAGAGCUAAGAUUAUAUAAAGCUUCUCUAAAUAGUCCAGAUGAAAGAACGGAUAGUAGCGAUGCCCUUACCGUACGAGAAAAUAAUCCUUUUUCUCCAGAAUCCCCAAGCAAAGAUUUACCAGAUGAAAAUGCGCUACGAAAGAUCACAAGUCCAGAAACUCCAGAAAAACGUGCUCCCUCUGAUCUUCCCUCCUCUCUUGCGGACUCGGGUCACUUCGAAGACGGAUCCGUCCAUUCGAAAGAUUCUAUAUUUAUACCAGAAGUGCAACCAGAAAGUACUCAUAUCACUACGACUCCUAAUAAAGUUGAUGAAAGUAAUGCUUCCGAUACAUUUAUAAGAUCAACUACAGAAACACCGGAAAGAGAUGAAGAGAGGCGCAAAUUGGUGAAUCUAUAUGAGAAUAGAAUUGAGGAAAUGCAUCGUAGACAUGUUGAUGAACUUCAAGAUCUCAAGCAAAAACACAAUGAUAAGGUGGAAAGUUUAUUAAAUCAAUUAGCUGAAGUAAAUACACGUUAUUGUGAAGUGAGGCCUUCUGUUGAUACUGCGGAAGCACGAGCUCGUGAAUUAGAAGCGGAAUUAGAAAUUGUAAAAACAGAACUCUCAGAACAAAAGGCUCUAUUAAAUGAGCAAGAAGAAAGAAAUAAACAAAUGUACCUGAAAAUGUAUGCCAAAGGUCAAGAAGCAGCACGUAUAGAACAAGCUGAUCAGAUACUUGAACAGGCGCAUCAAACACCACCAAAAGUUACUGUUGCAGAAUUACUUCAACAAUUAACAAUUACACAAGCAGAAUUAGAAAAUAUCAAGGACACAAGCUACUCGCCUGAACCUCACAUUUCAGCCGAUCGUAGCCAAAGUUUAUUAAGUGCUCAGGAGGCUGUUUCUCUCUGGGUCCUUGGCACACGUAAGGCAAUGUACCGACGUAUACUAGAAGCACGUAAUAAUCAAGGUGCCCUUGAUCCAGAGAUCACAUUGCAGUUCCUAAAAUCGGCGAUUUACUAUUUCUUAACGGAUAAAGAAAAUCAUCAUGGGCAUUUGAAUGCAAUUGAAAGCAUUUUAGGAUUCUCAGAAAUUGAAAAGCACAAUAUUGAUAAAAUAUAUCGAUCAACAAGAAAGUAAUAUUUAAAACUUCUUCAUUAUUGAAUUUCAAUGCAAAUCUAAAAUCUUCAGACAAUUUAUUGUAUUUUUU